UUUUCAGCUACCUCAUGUCGGCCCACCAGGUACAACAGUGCCUGCAACGUGCCGGUGGAAAAUACGCAGAUUCUGCGAAAAAAGACAUAAUCGGAGCACUGAGCCAGUUCAAAGAUCUCUCGCCGGGCACCGACACAUUUAUGUUUCCAGACGGAAAACGUCGUACCGCAUUUCGGCUGAAAGGCACAAUUCCAGUAUAUUAUAAAGGCGCAUGUUAUAAUAUUCCGGUUACCGUAUACCUAUGGGAUACACAUCCAUAUUAUGCACCAAUUUGUUACGUCAAUCCAACUUCAACGAUGGUUAUUAAGGAAUCGGAGCACGUUAACAAGGAAGGAAAAGUAUUUCUACCGUACCUCAACGAGUGGAGAUUUCCAGGAUAUGAUCUCAGUGGACUUCUUCAGGUGAUGGCAAUGGUAUUCCAAGAGAAAUGUCCAGUUUUUGCCCGAUCUGCAGCCAACUCGGCAACCAACGCUUCAGCAACAAAUCCAUCGGCUGGCUCAUCUGCAUCUUCAACACCAACACCAUAUCCAUCUUCACAGCCAACAAUGCCAACUCCAUAUCCAACGGGCUCCGGAGCUGCUCCGUACCCGCCGAGCUCUACGCCGUACCCAUCGGCAGGGGCUAUGGGAUAUAAUCCCUACAUGAAUGUUCCCCAAUCAACACCGUAUCCAAUGGGAGCUUCUGGAGCAUCUCCAUAUCCAUCGGCUUCAUCAAAUCCUGCUCCACCACCACCACGUCCACCACCUGUAACGGCUCAAACAUCUGUGAGCAGCAGUAGUGGUGGCACCAUUCAAGCCGACACAAUUCGAGCAUCAGUUAUGUCGGCUGUUGAGGAGAAAAUUCGAGCGAAACUCAGAGAGAGAAUGGGCACAAAUAGCGCAGAAAUGGCAUCAAUCCGUACGACGAGCGACGAGCUUCGUGAAGGACAGCAAAAGCUGAAAAGAAUGCUCGAAGAGCUCGAAACUCAACGGAGCAGCCUUCAGACCGCCUGUGAAAUCUAUACGGCAAAGAAAGCAGAGCUCGCGAAAGCUCUUUCAGACGCUGGAGGCACUGAUGCUCCACCAAUUGAUGAGGCAAUUGAUGCCGCUUUUCCGUUGCACCGACAAAUUGUGCUCAAUUAUGCGAAAGAUUUGACAUGUGAUGACGUCAUUUAUUCACUUGGUCAAUCACUGAAAAAACGCCAAAUAACACUUGCCGAAUACCUCCGCCAUGUUCGUGACGUGUCCCGAGAGCAAUUUAUCUACCGAGCAACAAUGCAGAAAUGUCGACGAACUGCUGGUCUUCCUAUUUAAAAUUUAAAUAAAAUUUGGAUUGAAAAUCGUGGAAAUUUUUGAGAAAAAAUUGCUAAUUUUUUGACCAAAACUGGAAAAUCGUGAAAAAUUGUCCAUAAAAAUGCUAAAAAUUCGAUAAAAUUCUCGAUUUUUGGAUGAAAAAUACUUUUUUCAAUAAAAAGUGGGAAUUUCAGCGAUUUUCUGACGAAAAACUUAAAAUUAUUGCUGAGAAAUCGAGAAAAAUGCAUUUUUUUAAAACGAUUUUAGCUAAAAAUUCCAUAUUUCAUUUAUUUUCCUGAUGAAAAAUUGUUUAACAUCAAAAUUUCGGUGCUUUUCCGUGAUUUUUCAAGUUUUUUACAUGUUUUUCCGUUAAAAAUUCACUUAAAUCUUCUAAUUUCAGCCGAAAAUUGUAAAUUUCAAUAAUUCCCGUUAAAAAUGAUGGAGCUUCUAUUGAAAAUUACCUCGAAAAAAGCUUUCUUUUUUUGACGAUUUUCCAGCCGAAACAUGUAAAUUACGACGAAUUUCAGUGACUUUUUUGUCAAAAAAAUUACGGUUUUCACUCAUUUUUCCAUCUUCUCAUUUCAAAAUUUCUCCCAUUGCCGCCAUUUUUCUCUAAUACUCCCUUUCUCUCCGUCUUGAUGCCCGUUGUGAUUUGGUUUGUUCUCUCUCUCUCUCUCUUUUUUUCCGUUUUAUAGACACAAUUUUCUAGAUUUUUCCCCAUUUAAAAUAUCCAAUUUUGCACCCAUUUCCCCAUUUUUCCCGGGGGAAAAGCUCGCUUUUCUCUCGAAAUUCGAUGACUUUUUCAGGUUUUUUGUUCAUUUAUUUUUUGUACAAAAAUUUUAAUUUAAAUGUGAUUUUUCCCCC